AAAACUCUCUGCACGUCACUGAGCAUGACACACUCUCUAGACAUAAAAUACCCAUCAUAUUCAUGCAUACAUCAACUUGACUAGGUGUCUGUAAUUAGAUAGUAAAGUCAUGAAUGUUACUAUUUUGCAAAAGUAACUUCAAUAUUAUAGUGAAAGUUUACCAAGAAAUGGGCUACUGUACUCGUGCCAGGAAAAGAAAAAUUAAAAUAGUUAUAGAACUAAAGAAAUAUUGGGCACAAUUAAUUGGUCCUAUAAAAUGAAAUGCACUUAAAUGAAUACUAAAGAAAAUUCUAAAUCAUGAUGAGCUAGCUAGAAUAUGACCUCUACUCCACAAUUUAUGAUGACACAUAUGCUUUUGUUGUUGUUUGUGUUGAUCUGUCUCAAAAAAGCAUUUAAAGUGUUUGGGACACUCCUUGUAUAAUACAGUUUUGGGGCUCUUAAUACAAUCCAAAAAUUGUAUUUGUUCAUUUCAGUGGAUUAGUGAAACAAUCUGUAAAUUCUCUGGUUGUGCAAGGUUUGGAUUAACAGGUGAGUUUCUUAGUUACCUCCCUUUGGACAGUAAGGCUCAACCCCUGGUUGACCCACCUAUACAGGUGAAUUUAAAGUUCAGGUUCAACACCUUGCAGACACCAAAUUUCAGUCCAGGAGCAUCCUGAACAUCUCUACACUAAGGCAACAUGGACCCAAGAGUUUCCCUCUCCAUUCUGCUGCUUCUCUUUGGCAUCUCCCAGAUGUCUCCUGUCAGGAAGACUGGCCAUCACAAUGGGUUCUCACCCAUACCUGGAAAUGUGGACAUCACAACAAAGAUUUUGGAGUCCAACAAUGGAUCAUCUGAACACCUGAUGGAAGGAGAUCUGCUGUUUCCCAAAACCAAAAAUGCUCUCUACUGCUACAACAACAAUUGUUUCUGGAAGAAAAACUCUAGCAACCUAGUGGAGGUUCCUUACAUAGUGAGCAGUGAAUACUCCUCUAGUGACAUCUCAGUUAUUCAGAACGCCAUGUCCACCUUUCACAACAAAACUUGCAUCCGCUUUGUGGCCAGAUCAUCUCAGACUGACUACAUCAGUAUUGAGAACAAAGAUGGGUGCUACUCUUAUCUUGGUAGAAUUGGUGGCAAACAGGUGGUUUCCCUCAAAAGAACCGGUUGUGUGUAUCAUGGCAUCAUUCAACAUGAGCUGAAUCAUGUCCUGGGCUUCUACCACGAGCAAUCCAGGAGUGAUCGUGAUAAAUAUGUCAAGAUCAACUGGGAGUACAUCCCUACCAAUCAGGCCUCCAAUUUCCAAAUACAGAACACUAACAAUCAAAACACCACAUAUGACUACGGCUCCAUCAUGCAUUAUGGAAGAACAGCCUUCACCAACCAGACCGGGAAGGAAACCAUCACUCCCAUUCCUGAUGCGACGGUGGAAAUUGGACAGAGGCAGGAUAUGUCUAACAUUGACACCCUGAGGAUCAACAAGCUGUAUGGAUGUGCUGUUUGAGAUCAUUUAAUAUGGUUUAUCUAUCCUUAGAUGAAUAAUGUAAUGAGGUGAUGGUCUUUGUCUUUUGAUGGUUUUAAAUUUUUGUUCAACCUUG